UGGAAAAUUUUGCAGGGCAGUUCCACUGGCCGGCUGUGCGGGGCUGUGCCAUUUGAAUUUCAGCACAGACGCUCACUCACUGCGCUCCCCAUUCCUGGCGCCUCUCCCAGCGCGGAGUUGAGCUGAGGCUCGGGCUCAGUUUUCCCUGCUCUCUCCCUGCGGUGACAGCUUCUCCGGGUGAGCCAGGACUCCCGAGCGACCAUGGAGGACACCACCUUGCAAAUCAUCGAGCCACCCACUGUUUCUGAGACCUCGGAGGAGCAAGCACCCGAGGAGCCCAUCAAAGCAGACCAGAUCAACGGCGUGAUGGUGCUGACCCUUCUGGACAAGAUCAUCGGAGCGGUGGAUCAGAUCCAGCUGACCCAAACACAGCUGGAGGAGAGACAGCAAGAGAUGGAUAGCGCAGUGACCAGCAUCCAGGGAGAGCUGACCAAGCUGACCAAGGCACACACCACCACCAGCAACACCGUCAACAAAAUGCUGGAGAAGGUGCGCAAGGUGAGCGUCAACGUGAAAACGGUGCGGCAGAACCUGGAGAAGCAAGCCGGGCAGAUCAAGAAGCUGGAGGCCAACGAAGCGGAGCUCCUGAAACGCAGGAACUUCAAAGUCAUGAUCUAUCAGGAUGAAGUGAAGCUCCCAUCUAAACUGAGCAUCAGCAAGUCCCUAAAGGAAGGUGAAAAGCUGGAGAAGGAAGGUGAGGGUGAGGAGGUCCCUGUGGGUGAGGACCAUGCGGAGGAGGACCACAUCCAGCUCUCCUCGGAUGAGGAGGUGGAGAUUGAGGAGAUUAUUGAAGAGUCACGGGCAGAACGCAUCAAAAGGAGCGGCAUGAAAAGGGUGGAUGACUUUAAGAAGGCAUUCUCAAAGGAGAAAAUGGAAAAGACUAAGCUAAAGACCAAGGAAAACCUGGAGAAGACCCGCCACAACUUGGAGAAGACCCGGCACAACCUGGAGAAGAGGAUGAACAAACUGGGCACUAAAAUUGUGACUAAUGAAAGGAGAGAGAAGAUGAAGAGCUCUCGGGACAAACUGAGGAAGUCUUUCACCCCUGACCACACCAUCUAUGCCAGGUCCAAGACAGCCGUCUACAAAGUGCCGCCCUUCACUUUCCAUGUCAAGAAAAUAAGAGAGGGUGAGGUGGAGGUGAAAGCCACAGAGCUGGUGGAGGUUGGUGGAGAGGAAGGAGAAAAUUCAGAUCUGAUGCGUGGGGAAAGCCCCGACGUGCACACCCUGCUGGAGAUCACGGAGGAGACUGACGCGGUACUGGUGGACAAGAGUGACAGCGAGUAGGACAGGCUGCAGAGCACAAGGGUUGUGGAUGACAGCUGAACACAGUAUCACUCACAUUUCGAGCUCUCCCUGCCCUGGAGCCCCAGGGAAGUGUACACGAUGCAUCCUUCUUACCCUGCAGAGCCGAUGCCGAUCCCCUGCCUGCUUGUACAAGGUGUAUUUUAUAUUUUAGUUUUAGCACAUAAACAUUAGGAACACGGAACUGUUUUUCUUACACUACUAAAUCACCCUUGGAGACCAUUCCUGCUGCAGCCUUCUUGCCCCACACCUGAAGAUGUGCUUUGAGUGACAGGGCCCUGACCCAGCUGGAGAGUGCUGAUCCCAAGAAGCUGUACAGCUGAAAGUUCAAGAGUCCUCCAUAAGAAAAACCUGGUGUCAAGAAAGCUUCCUGCAAGUAGCCCACCAGCCCCCUGUGCAGCCACUCCACAGGCAAGAAGACUCCCAGCACCCAAACCGGCUGCUCCUUCGGGGGACCAGAGGAACUGGGAUGCAGCCGGUGCACGGAGGGAAGAGCUGAGCAAAUCCUGUUGUUGGUGCAGCACAUGGCAAAGCUGAGCUGGCGUGGGGCAGGUGGGGCUGCUCCUCUCUGCCCUCCCAAGGACUGGGUGACCUUUGCACGAAGCCACCCUGCAGCUGGGCCUGAGGGGUGUCACACAGCUGCUGCUCCCCACUGUGCCCCGGGGUUGUGGCAGGAACAGCACAAGCUGCAGGCUUCUCACACGGGUCAGGGACCUGCCAGACAUCCAUGGCGAGUCCCAAGGGCAGGGAGCAGCAUGGAGGUGGGGUGCUGGAUCUGCUCCCUCCACACCCACAGAGGUGGUGGCAGCAGGCAGUGGGGUCCACGCUUGCUGCCCUGGGAGAGGGGGACACGUAGGCAGCGAUGCUGGAGCAGCUGCCACAGCUAGGGACUUGUUUCCAGAGGGAUAUGGGAUGCACUGUUGCCAUGUGAGGCUCUAGACCAUCAGGAAAAGGCCUUGACACCUGCCCAGCACCGGACCAUGAGCAUUUCUGAGCGUCUGCUUUCUGCGGGGGUCCUGGCACAGCUCAGGCUCAUGCCCAUGCCCACGUCCUGUGCUUUCCUCCCUGUGUCCUGCUUUCUGCAGCUUCACUCCAUGCCCUGAGUGAGGCAGCAGAAAGGCAGCACAGGGUGACUUGGGGGCUCUGCCUGGCUCAGCCCAGCUUGGCUCUUACAUACUCAACCCCUGCUGCAAGCCCCAUCCUGCUCCCCCAGCACGAGGCUGCUGCUGUUCACAUAACCCAAUAUAUAAACUUGCUUUACCUUUAAGAAUGAUUUUCCUUCAAAUUGUCCAGUGCUGUCCCGGCCUCGGGGUCCUGCCACAGCUUCCCUCCCCACAGAAGGUGUGACCGGUCGGUUCCGUGUGCCGGCUGCAGGCAGCCCUGAGACACCGGUGGCCCCGAGGCUCCCGGUGUGGGGAGGCACUGGGCACCGGCUCUUUGUGGUUCCCAGCCCCAUGUGGGCCCCAGCCCGCAGGUCACCUGCCCUCACAGAAUCUCCUGUGGGCCACAGGCAGUUUUCACGCGGGUUUCUCUGAGCUGCGGGGCCGGGACAGCAGGGCCAGGGCGGCAGAAGCCCGGGUGAUCCUCGCCUGUCCCUGGCUGUGCCCAGCAAUAAAGUCUCUUUUGUAAACCA